AUGGUGCGCCACAAGAAGGACAAGUUCUCCCACCGAGGAGGCAAAGGCCAUGGUCCCCCGAGGCAUGGUCCCCGGAACGGCGGCGACGGCGACGACGAGGCCAGCGCCGGCCGCCCCUCCUUCAAGGCCGCCUGCUGGGACUUGAACCACUGCGACCCCAAGCGCUGCUCCGGCAAGAAGCUCAUCAAGCUGGGCAUGAUGCGCGACCUGCACGUCGGCCAGCGCCACAACGGCGUCAUCAUCACCCCGAACGGCAAGCACACCAUAUCCCCCGCCGACCGCGAGCUCAUGGACCAGUACGGCGCCGCCGUCGUCGAGUGCUCGUGGGCCCGCACCCAGGAGGUCCAGUGGAACAAGGUCGGCGGCAAGUGCGAGAGGCUGCUGCCCUAUCUGGUCGCCGCCAACACGGUCAACUACGGCAAGCCCUGGAGGCUGAACUGCGUCGAGGCCCUCGCCGCCGCCUUCUACAUCUGCGGCCACCCCGACUGGGCCGAGCAGAUCCUGGCCCCCUUCAACUACGGCGAGUCCUUUCUCCAGAUCAACUCGAGUAUCCUCAAGAAGUACGCCGCCUGCACCGACGAGGCCGACGUCAAGAAGACCGAGGCCGAGUGGAUGGAGCGCCUGGAACGGGAAUACACCGAGAGCAGAGAAGAGGAGGACGCCGACGAUCUGUGGAAGGGGGGCAAUGUAAACCGCCGGGUGGCCAUGCCGUCCGACGACGAGGAUGACGACGAGGAUGACAGCGAAGAGGGAGGCGGCGACGGCAGCGACGGCGACGAGAGCAUCGAUGGGAUAUACCUGGGCAAGAAGCCGCCGUCACAGUGGCCAAAACCCGGGGAGGGCGCCGGCGGAGACGCCCAGGAAAAGCAAGACAAGGACCCGUUUGACAUAUCCGACGACGAGGACGACGAUGCUGAGAUGGAAGAGCUGCGUCGCAAGGUUCUAGCUGCGAAGCCGUUUGCCAGCCCGGAGGACAGCAGACAGACCAAGAAGAAGCCCGAAACCAUAGACCGGCCGCAGCCCGGCCGGUACCGGGUUGACUCGGAUGUAGAGCCAGACUCCGACAACGGAGAGGACGAUGACGAGUUUGACAACAUAAUCGAAGCAGUCCCCGUGACAGAUAGGACCGGGCUGUCCAAGCUCGAGAGUGAGAGGGCCAGAGCUCACAUAACGACCCGAACCCUCACAUCUGGCGGAACAUCGGCUCCAAAGCGCUGGUGA